AUGAACUUUUUUGAACUUCACUAUGCUCUCGAGUAUUAUUAUAUGACGACGGAACUCCAUGAGGAAGAUACUCUUUCUUACUUUGCUAAGUGUAAGAAUGAAAGUGAAGUUAAAUCUAUUGCUAAAAAAGUAAUGCAAAUGAUUGACAAAAAAGACAUUCUUAAAGUAUUCAAAGGACUUCUCCUUUAUCAUUAUUUAACCCAAAUUGAAGGGAGAGACUUUUCAAUAUAUUUUACCGAUUUAAAAUGUACAUUUGAAAAAAAAGAAAAGACUCACUUAGACUCAAAUUCCUCACAACUCUCAUUUUGGGCUCAAAUGUAUUCUGCCAUACUCAACCAAAGGCUCCAGUUCUAUAAAAAAUAUUCAUUCUUAAAUGAAAACUUUUCUAUUAAGAAAGGCAAGAAACUUCCUCUUGAAUUUCAAAAUAUUGAAUCAACAGAAGCACUCGAAAAUGACGCCUUUUCACUUUUUGGUUCUUUAAACGCUUUUGUUGGGAAAUUCCUGUCAAAAAAGACGAAAAACAGUUACUUAGAAAAAGCAGUAGAAUACUGUAUUACCGAUUUGAUCCAACUUCUAGAAUUAAUCACCAAUUUGGAGAACUACAAGGCACUCCUGAGUGGAAACCAAUUACAAACAGAACUACCACUCUUCUGUUAUUCACAAAUUGGUAUUAUUAAAAGUGAAGCUGAAAAGACUAAACAAAAAAUUUUUAAAGCCACUCGAAUACCAAAGGUCACAAAUUACCAAAAGAGUGUGACUAAACUUAAUUGGUUCACUUACAAGUUCCCAAUCCCAACACUGAAUAACACUAACAAUACCAUUUCUGAGUGCUUUGAAGAAGAUAAUGACGUGGUGACUAGUCAUGUAGUUGUGAAUGCAAUAUGCCAAGCACUUGUAUUGGAUUAA